UCCUCUUUUAAGUUAGGUAAGUGAUAGAGCUGCACUUUAGAGGUCACAGAUGUGUUCCAUAAAGGCACAAACACAAAAAGAAAGAGUAAGGAUGGAGCUGGUUUUACUACUGUUUUUCUGUUCUUCCCUAUCUCUAAGAUUUUUAUAAGCUAACCAUCAUGAUUUGCCAUGGAUCUUGCAGGUAACACUUUCUCUAAAUACUACUAAUUUUGUCACAAAACAUCUCCAAAGAUAGUUAGGUGACAUGAAGAAAAAUGUUCUUACUUCUUAGGAAAAGUGUUUCAGUAAGAAUGUUGCUAAUUGUGUUUGUGUUUUGGGGUGUGGAAGAGACCUGUAAGAAUUAAGAAAAAGUAGAAGUACAAAUGAAGUUAACCAUUCAUCUAGAACUAUUUACAAGUGAAAUUAAUGAUUCAUCAAGGGCAGGCUGGCUUCCAGGAUAAGUCUAGUUGUAUAUUAUAAUUAUAUAUAUAUAAUUAUGUGUUCAGUCCAGAUCUAUCCUCCUCCUCCUCCUCUUUAGUUCUUCACUGUCAGUGCUGGGCUCUUUGCACAAAGAUGUGGCUUUCUCUUGAGAUCAUCUUUUCUCUGGGGAUACUAAUUCCUGGAAAAUUCAGCUUGAAAUUGCAAUAUGACAGGGAUCAGGUUUUGCAUAUUGUGCCAGAAACAUUUCAGCAAGUCCAGCAUCUUCAGCUCCUUUGCAGUACUUUAAUGCUGGAUUUGUGGAAGCCCCUGAUGCCUGAAGACAUCAGGGCUGGGGAAGACCUGCAUAUAAGGGUCCCAGCCCCUCUGGUGCAGGAGAUGAAAGACAGCUUAGAUCAGCAUAUGAUCUCUUACAGAGUCCUAAUACCUGAUGUGCAGAAACUUGUGGAUCAGAGCAUGCCUAGGGAGAGGAGCAGCCACAGACAGGUCUCAGAAGGUUAUGUCUACACUGAAUACCAUCCAAUGGAAGAGAUUUAUCAAUGGAUGACUCAGAUUCAGAAGAACAACAGUGAGCUGGUGACUCAGCACUUCCUGGGGAAGACGUUUGAGAAUCGAGCAAUGUAUUACCUACAGAUCAGCCAACCAUCAAAUAAACCCAAAAAGAUAAUUUGGAUGGACUGUGGGAUUCAUGCCAGAGAAUGGAUUUCUCCAGCCUUCUGUCAGUGGUUUGUGAAAGAAAUUCUUCAAAAUUACAAAACUGACCAAAAGAUAAGCAGAUUUCUACAGAAUUUGGACCUCUAUGUCUUGCCAGUCCUCAAUAUUGAUGGCUACAUCUAUACCUGGGAAAAAGAUCGUUUGUGGAGGAAAAGCCGUUCUCCAUAUGAAAAUGGCGCCUGCUAUGGCACAGAUCUGAACCGAAACUUCAAUUCAUCCUGGGGCAGUGUUGGUGUAUCUUUUAACUGCAGCAGUGAUGUCUUCUGUGGAUCUGGACCAGAAUCAGAGCCUGAGACAAAAGCUGUGGCUGAGUUUAUCAGAAGCAAGAAGAGUGAUAUUUUGUGCUAUUUAACAAUUCACUCCUAUGGACAGCUCAUCCUCACUCCAUAUGGUUCCACAACCAAACCUCCAAGUAACAAUGAAGAACUGAUGCAAGUUGCAAAUGAAGCAGCUGCAGCAUUGACAGGAAAGUAUGGGACCAGCUACAGAGUAGGAUCAACUGCUUUAAUUUUAUACAGUAACUCAGGCUCCUCACGGGACUGGGCCCACACCAUUGGCAUUCCUCUCUCCUACACAUUUGAACUGCGAGACACGGGUACUCAUGGAUUUAUUCUUCCCGCUAACCAAAUCCAGCCCACGUGUGAGGAGACCAUGUUGGCUGUGACAGCUAUCAUAGACUAUGUUGAUAGGAAGUACUCCACAAAUGGAGAUGUGGUGCUGACCUCCAGCAGCUUGGGCCUGAGCCUUUGUCUGAGUAUUGUACUUACAUGGAUUGUUUCUUAAAAACUGCUUAGCCCAGCAAGAGACUCACGUGAAAAAUACAAUGUCCCCCCCAAAAUAAAAAGUUGUAUCAACAAAGGAAUUUAAUGUCAAGU